GAAUUUGGCCUAAACUCUGGAGGCGGAUUAAACCUUUUUUUACACACGGACACAAAAAACCCUUUCUCCCACUCUUAUCUGCUGCCGCUCUUCUGCUUCUCUGUAAUUUACAAAUCCAAAGUUUUAUCAGAGAAAUGGCGUUGUCUUUGCACCUGUUCCCGGGCUUCGUCACCGGCGGAAAACAGUCUUUUGCGAAGCCAUCGGCGCCGUCGUUGUCUGCUACUUUUGGUAACCCGCGCACUGUGCGAAUGUUGACGGUUGUUGCCUCUUCCGAGCAAGCUACGGAAACGAAGAAGCAAGCCGGCCGUGGCAUCAUGAAACCGCGCCGAGUCUCGCCGGAAAUGCAGGCGUUCCUCGGCGGCGUCUCUGAGAUUCCUCGCACUCAAGUGCUUAAGGAGAUUUGGGCUUACAUCAAACAGAACAACCUUCAGGAUCCUGCAAACAAAAAGGUCAUAGUGUGCGAUGAGAAGCUGAAGAAAAUUUUUGCUGGAAAGGAUCGUAUUGGGUUCCUUGAGAUUGCUGGCUUGAUUUCUCCUCACUUUCUUAAGUGAUUAUUCGCUAUUGAGAAAGAAUGGCUUCUUUUUUGUUUCCCCCCUGUUUAUUUGCCUCUGUAUCUUCUUUUGUAAAUGGAGUCUAUGGGGUUCUUAAUGAUAUUACACUCGGAAAUCUAUGGUGAUUCUGCCUAGUCUAGAUUAAAAGCAUCUUUGGUAUGAAGAUAAUUAUUGUUAUAUGGAGGAGCUUAGCUAUAUGUUAGGGAGUAACUUUUAAGCUUGAUGCUACAAUGCAGUUAUGACUAAAUUAUGUUACUUGAGAUGCCUCUGCUUAGUAUUUGAUGAAAAAUGUUCAGGCAAAAAGUUAAUGUACCAUGUUUUACCCA